GAGGGGUCGGUGUUCACGGGAACUAAGAAAUACUAAAAUAUUAAGUUAAUUCACAUGUCACUAACAUGACGUGAUGAUGAAAAUGAUAGCUCUGGUAAUAGCGCCAUACUCGAGGGAUAAAGAGUUUUACAGCAGCAUAGUGUUAUGCUAUUCUGGCAUAGUGUAUGUAUAUAAUUUAUGUUGGACUGUGUGGCAGAUAUCGAUGUGUGAAAUUUGGAUUCCUGCGUGAAUAUUCGUGAACUAUUGUGACACACAUAAAUGCGUAAUGGACUGUAAUAUAAAUAAUUACGACAUUGUUAUUAUUCUAGAAAUGGAAAAGGGAUGUUUAAAAUGUAUGAAUUAUAAUAAGUGACUUACCUGAAUUGGCAAUACUUAUCUGAAUUAGGAGCAUGGUCUACCUCGUGCACAGGAACUGACAACGUGGUAUAUUCAGACAAGGGAAAUAACUCUUCGGGAUUUCUGUGUUUGUGAUUUUCACCGAUAUGUGAAAAGCAUCAGUUUAGUGUCGAUGAUAUAUUGGAAAUGAUUUGAUUGGUUUAUAAAUCAAAUCUCGUGAUUGAUUAUGGAGAGAUUCGAGGUUAAAUGUCAUGCACUGAGAUGGUAUAUAAACGGGACACGAAUGUGGUUCAGCAGCCUGCUCCCUUGCACCUGCCAGUGCAGGCGGUCCCUCCCCUCCCCCUCCCCCACCUUUGCUGUCCUGGACGGAGGAUCCGACCGAGGCCGGCUAUUGUGCCCAGGACAGGCGUGCGCUACAACAGCUUUCUCUGAAUGUGUUCGUAAAGACCUGUGACCUGACCUGUCGGAGGCAAGACAGGUGAUCAAGAGCAACAGGGAUGAAAGGACAACAUGAACUGUGCCAGUGCCAUCAAGAUUGACGUCAUCGUAUCCGGAUUCGAGGAUUCGUUAUUUUUUUGGAUAGUCAUUGAAAAUCCAGAGACGCCAUACACGAUAAUGGAAAAUGAGACGAAAAAGAUGAACAAACACAAGAAACACGGAAAACACGGAAAGCACCACGCAAGCAAACACCAUAAAAAAAGCAAACCACAUAAAAAAAGCAAACCACAUAAACAAAACAAAAAUCAAAAAACAAAAAAACACCAAAAAACAAAAACACCAAAAAGCAAACCCACAGGAAAAUCCCACAAGUCUAAAAAGCCAUAGAGAACCGGCAGAAAUGACCUGGAGUAUGUAUUGUCAACAGUAUGUGGGCAGUGCGGCUAAAGCAGUGAGGAAAAUUACAGCCAGAGGAAAUGCGAGUGGGGGUGUACUACUACCAGUCACACCAACCACACCUGAUUUUCUUUCUCACCCGACAAUGACAUGCAAAGGUGCAAAAUAACUGAAUAUCUCAAUUUGAUAUACUGAACUUUUUGAAAUUGUUAUAUUAGUAUUAUUAAUUAUUAUUAUUAUUAUUAUUAUUAUCAUUAAAUUAUAUAAAACAAA